CACAACCUCAGCCCAGGUACCACAUCCUGGUCCAUCCCCUUCAGCCGGGAGCGCAACUCUUACCCAGGUACCACGUCCUGGUCCCAUCUCAUCAGCCCAGAGUUCAUCCUCCCCCCAGGAACUACAUUCUGCUCCUCCCUCAUCAUCCCAGAGGUCGAGCUCCACCCAGGUACCGAGUCCUGGUGUCCCCUCGUCAGCCAGAAGCACGAACUCCGCCCAGCUACCAUGUCCUGGUGCCCCCUUAUCAGCCGGCAGUGCGACCUCCGCCCAGCUACUGUAUCCUGGAUGCCCCCCAUCAGUCAAGAGCACGACCACAGCCCAGCUACUGCGUCCUGGUGCCCCCUCAUCAGCCGGAAGUGUGACCUCCACUCAGCUACUUCGUCCUGGCCCCCCCUCAUCAACUGGGAGCACAAUCUUUAUCCAACUACCACAUCCUAGUCAACCCUCAUCAGUCGGGAGCACAACCUUGGCCCAAGUACUGUGUCCUGGUCCCCCCUCAUCAGCCGGAACCACCACAUCUGCCCCACUACCACCUCCACGUCCUCCAUCAUCAGCCAGAAGCAAGAAUUUGGUCAAGGUACCACGUCCUGGUCCCCCAUCGUCAGCCAGAAGCACAACCUCAGCCCAGGUACCACAUCCUGGCCCAUCCUCUUCAGCUGGGAGCACAACUUUUACCCAGUCUGCAACUAGGUUUGUGGGCACUUUCGAAGAGGAGGGCCCACAGGAUCAGCACAAGGCGAUGCAGGUGCUGGACGUGACCGAGCCCUUCAGGUACCGAGAGGAUUGCAGAAUGUUCCAUGCCAUCGUGGCCAUAAAGAACCAGGCACAGGAUCAGAUCAUCCGUGUGAAGGUCUUCCACGAGGACUUCAAGACACAGUUUGUCCUCGGAAACAUCUUGGUCCUCUCAAACUACGUCAGUAACCGUGGGUUCCUGGAAGUGUACAAAUGCACCUCGGUGGAGAAGGUGGGGUACGAACAGGUCCCCAGAGCGCUGAUCAACAGGGUCACAGAGACUCCAAAAAUCAGUCACCUGCGCCAGGAGGCUCCAUACACCGUUGUGAAUGGGGUGUUCUUGGUGACAAAGAAAACUGUGCGGGACCCCUGUGUCUACUAUGAGGUCCAGGACAAGACAGGCACCAUGGAAGUGGUGGUGUACGGACGUCUGACCGGCAUCCCCUGUGAGAGCGGCAACAGGAUCCGACUCAUCUGCUUUGAGCGAGGAGAAGAGCAGCAUCAGAUAAGAUCUUUGAUGCACAGCUUUCUCAAGGUAAUCAGGACAGGAGCGGCACAAGCACCGCCAGCCCACGCACUCUGCUCGCCGUGAUGCUGACCACCCCAGGGACACUGACCACAGUGACCCUGAUGCUGACCACAACGCUGACAUGAGGCUGAGCCUGACCCUGACCUUGACGCUGACAGUAACGCCGACCACGGCACUGGCCGAGAGGCUGACAGUGAUGCGGGCCUGGUGUCCAGGUGAGUGACCUCAGCUCAAGUGCUGACCGUGGCACUGACCACCACACUGGCCGUGAUGCCCAGGCAGAGGGACCACCACACAGGAGCCAACCAUCAGCUUGAAGCUCAGCACUGCUCAUGUCUCCUGGCACUUCCUGGCCCUGCGCCAGCCCGUUUGCUGUCCCGGACACGUCCAUUGGAAAAAUAAACAUGAGAGAGGCCAGAUGUGGCCCCUCAGCAGGGGCGCAACCGAGUUGGGCCUGACAUGUGGCGGGUUUGGCCACUGGAGCCGCCAUCCCUGGGGGACUGCUCCUGGGCGCUGGCCCUCCUGAGCAUGGGGCAGGCCCCGAAGCAAGGCCAGGGCUCUGGGGUCCGGGACCCCCUCAUCCCUGCAGGCCCUGACCGAGGCUCCCCAGGGCAGAAGAGCUUUUCUGCUCCUGCUUCAAGAGGGUCUAGGCUGUGGCCCAAACAGGCAGAACUUGCCCCUGCCUGCGAGUGAGAUGCUCAAGGUAGGCUGGACAGGCUGGGCCACUGCUGCCCCCACAGGUGCCAGCUUCCGCGGGACCCUCAGGGACCCCGAGAGCUCAGACUCAGGGACCUCCCCUCGUGCCUUGGACUCUGAGAUCAGCAGAGAUCUCCCCAGGGCCUGCACCUCCUUGUACCCGGACUCUCUCCGGGGGCAUGCACCCCACCUCAGCGAUGUCGUGCCGU